CAGAAUCAGUGCUAGAAUUUCUCAAGCUGAAGAAACGCUUGUCUAUCGUGUUCAACCGCAGUAACUCUCGUCGAUUAUCAUUUCCACUCGGGCUUCCUGAACAGUUUUCAUGAGUUCAGUGUACCUUUUGAGAAAGAGAAGCUUAGCAUAUGCCAUCAAGCUGUUCUGGUACUACUUGCCUGUCUGUAGCUUACAGGCAAUCGCGUUGCGAGAAAUAGCGCCGUGUGCACCUAUGCAUUACGAUUCUACCAAGAACUCUAGUCAUAUCAAGUUCGGCUUGGAAUGCUGGCUUAGAAGCUACGUCUGUGUUGAGAGGUGGUCAUUACCUUGUUGAGUGGCCAUCUUAUCGCCUCUCGUGCUCCUGCACGAACCAACCUUCGCUUCUUUUCUUAACCCUCCGAUAGGAACUCUCUCGGUUGCUAGCGUGGUAGAAUAGCAGCUAUGCGCGACGACCAGGCUGAUUACGAUUAUGAUAAUUGGACUACCAUGCAGCGUCGGGGCAGGCAACGCGUCGAUAAGGCGUCCAAAGACCCCAACGCCAGAGCGAGGCUCCAAGCUGAGAUACUACCUCCGAGUCCUAUGCUGCUCCGGCCGCGACAUGAUGAAGUUCAACCAGCCUUGAGUUGCUUCCCAGCUUAUUGUAGCCCAGCCGCAACACCGACGUGCUUAUCAGCGGACAAGGUGCAUGGGUUUUCUUUCUUGAGUAGCUUCCCAGCAGAGGUCCGCAACGCCAUAUACGAAUAUGCCAUCGAUUACCCUACGUGUCGGCAGCUUUGUGACGCCUAUUACAACCAAAUAGAUGCCUCCAGAGCGCGAAAACUCAAUAGCGUACCAAAUAGAUUCACACUGGGGCUCUCUACGCCAACUGUACUCCUCCUCUGCAAGCAAAUUACACGGGAGACAUUAAGUGUCCUCCGGCUACGCCCUUUCGUUAUCGAUCGAAUUCCACCGUGGAUUAUGGGCAGCCCGAGACCACUACCUCUUACUUACUUGAUAAGUAGGGCCACACUCCAGAAUGUCCGCUUCAUGGAAAUCAGGCUAUCUCUCGGCGAAGGCGAGAGGUAUUCCAGCGGCCGCGUUUGGUUCCAGGUCUUGGAGAACGUGCUGAGGGCAAUGUGUGGGCGGAACUCUCUGAUUCGCAUGAAUGUCAUGAUGAAAGUAAGCAAUAUCGACAACGAGACGCUUUGGGACUUCGAAUUGAGGAAUUACAUCGAGAUUGUGAAUAUGAUUGACAAAUUCGCAUUCCACUAUGGUUCCAAACCAGAUUUGGUCCAAUACGAGCAUUGGGUCAUUGACCGCAAUUAUGCUUAUAAGUGUGGCUUCCGAAACCCUCUUAUUCGCAAACAUCCAGACCCCAAUAUAUGGCAAGGAAGUGUGUUGGAGUGGAUAUGAACUUCGGUUGGUAA